CUGCUAUCGAUGUAUCGAGCGCAAUCGAAUAGCUAAGGCUUUAUUAUUCGUAUUACAAAAAUAAGGAAUACAUAUUUUGAUUGAAAAUAAUUGAAAUGGAUCAACGCUUAGUGUCUGCCAUUCAGCAGGCCGCCCUACAGCAGCAAAUUUGGAAUGCAGCCCAUAAUUUGGGUAUGCAGUUGCCAUUUCAGCAUGCACCGUCUAUGAACUUCGCUAGCAGUGGCUACGGAUACGGGCGUCCAGAGGGAACGACAUCUUAUCCGCUGUUUGAUGCAGAGGAAAUCGACGACGAAGAUGACGAUGAUGAGGAGCAGGUUCGCACUUUGUUUAGUAAUAACCUGGACGAGCGCGUAACAGAGGACAUACUUUACGAAGUGUUUUUACAAGCGGGUCCAAUAGAAAGCGUGCGAAUCCCACUCGACAAUACAGGACGCCAACGUAAUUUUGGGUUUGUUACUUACCAGCACAAAAGCGCGGUGCCUUACGCAAUGGAGCUCUAUCAGGGCUUAGAACUGUUCCAAAAGAAGGUGAAUAUACGUCAGCAAUGCCCAGAGAAACCGAAGCCAUUGGCGAUGGGGCCAGGAAGAAAUCGCAACCCAUUUUCUCACGAUUUCGCAUCGCCUACGCCGCCCAUGAAUGAGCAUUCAGCAGGGCCACGACGUGCCCGUCAUAGUGUACAGGAUGCAAUGCAGUUUGCUGGUGUUCAAAAGAAAUAUAACAAUGAUGUGCGGCGACGCAGCGACAGUGCCGUGAUAGACCGCCAUCGAUCCCGACCACAUCACCACCAGCAGUACAACAAUAGUGGGGGCAAUCGCAGAUCUGAUCAGAGAUAUAAUCAUGGAAGAAGGUUAUUGUAAGCUCAUCUUGUGUAAGUUUAAUUCUAAGUAAAUUCAAUAUUUUUAGUACGAUGUAACAUUUAUUUGUAUAAAUCUUUAAUAAGCGUAGAUCUAUUACACCGUACAAAAACGAUUUCGCUAUAGAUUAAAGUGGCAUGAUCCUUAUAGAAUCAUCACUCGCGUAGGUCUUUAGGGGCAAUUCAAAGUAAUGACCAAAUACAUCAGCUAACAUCUACAAAUUUUUAAAA